GAUGCACCCAGGAACACGCACCCUGGAGUGGAGGAGGGUUUAGGGCUUUAGCGUCGUCCUCUGGGUCUCCGCCCUGCUCCCUCAAGUGCAUGAGGUGGCCUCUGACGCAAUUCCCCGUCUCUCUCACAGCCUCGAUUGCGGGGUUAGAGAAUUGUAUGGUGUUGUCCCCUCCCCCUUCCAAUUGGGUCCUGUGGCCAUGGCGUCCGUCGGCAACGGGGACUUCACCUUCGCGGGCGCUGGCUGCGGUGUUCUGAGUGAUGGGUUCUCCGCAGCGGCGCUGUUCAAGCAGGGAUUUUCCUACACUUACGAUGAUCUCAUUUUCCACCCCGGGUACAUCGACUUCGCCGUGGACGACGUGGAGCUCGGCACCUCCCUCACGAGGAACAUCAAGCUGCGGACGCCGUGCGUGUCGUCCCCCAUGGACACCGUGACGGAGGAGUCCAUGGCGGUUGCCAUGGCAGCUGUGGGCGGCGUCGGGUUCGUGCAUUACAACAAUACGGCGCGGGAGCAGGCAGAGAUCGUGAGGAGGGCGAAAAAGCUGAGGGCGGGGUACGUCUCGGACCCUGCGUGCGUUCGGCCUUCGGACCCAAUUUCCAGGAUCGAUGCGCUGAGGGCCAGGCGGGGGUUCUCCUCCGUGGUCGUGACGGAGGAUGGGGCGGUUGGGUCGGCGCUUUUGGGCGUGGUGACGAGCAGGGACGUGGAUUUCGUGCGUGACCGGAGCACCGAGGUGCGGGAGGUGAUGAGCCGGGACCUGGUGACCGCUCCGGCGGGCAGCACAAUGGAGGAAGCUGCGGGGGUUUUGAUUCGGAGCAAGAAGAGUUUGCUGCCCUUGGUGACGGAAAGUGGAGAUUUUGUGGAGCUUCUGUGCCGGACGGAUCUGAAGGCGUAUCGUGAAUUACCGCCGCUGGGCGCUCCGUCUGUUGGGCCGGAUGGUAAAAUUCUGGUCGGCGCUGCCAUUGGCACCCGCGACAGCGACAAGGAGCGGUUGAAGCUGCUGGUGGAUGCCGGGGUGAACGUCGUGAUUCUGGACAGCUCGCAAGGAGAUUCGAUGUACCAGAGGCAGAUGAUUGAGUUCAUAAAGAGGGCUUACCCGGAGUUGGAUGUCAUCGGGGGAAAUGUAGUCACUGCGUACCAGGCGAAGAAUCUGAUCGACGCUGGUGUGGAUGGGUUGCGAGUGGGUAUGGGGUCUGGGUCGAUUUGCACUACGCAGGAGGUCUGCGCAGUGGGGAGGGGCCAAGGAACUGCCGUGUACAAAACUGCAGCAGUGGCCAACGCCCUAGGAGUCCCUGUUAUAGCCGACGGAGGAAUAUCCAACUCGGGACACAUAGUGAAGGCACUCUCGUUAGGAGCAUCGACAGUGAUGAUGGGCAGUUUUCUGGCUGGAACAGACGAGGCGCCCGGCAGCUUUUUCUACCAGGAUGAUGUGAAACUCAAGAGCUACCGGGGAAUGGGGUCUUUGGAAGCAAUGACGAAGGGCAGUGAUGCCCGAUAUCUCGGAGACAAGACACGUUUGAAGAUCGCACAAGGCGUAUCGGGUUCUGUAGCUGCCAAAGGCUCCGUGCUGCGGCUCGUCCCCUACACUUUGCAGGCUGUGAAGCAGGGAUUGCAAGAUUUAGGAGUGCCUUCAGUGAAGGCAGCACAUGUCGGCCUCAAUGCCGGAGCCAUCAGGCUAGAGGUAAGGACAGGCGCAGCGCAAAGGGAAGGCGGCAUCCAUGAUCUUGUGUCGUAUGAGAAGAGGAGAUUCUGAAGCACGCUGGUGGUACGAACUCGGAAAUAGUGAGCAGCAGUGGUUUUGUCACAAUAUUUGUCUAGAACGUGGAUGUGGAGAGACAGAGCCAGGCACAGAGAUGUCGGAUGGACUUGCGGAGGUCGAUACACACUCGUACGUUCUGGUAUGCGUUAAAUGCAGGCAAACUCUGCAGGCAACGCUAGGUUUGGUGAGUCAGAUACAGGGGCGGGUUGCAGCCCACACGUCACGUGCAACUUAGAGCUUCCCUUGUGUAAUUGUAAGCACGGGCUCAAUCGUUCAUCACGAAGGUUGGGCACCAGCUGGAUCUAUUUGCGAGAGCUUUCCUGCUGGACGUUGGUUGGAGAACUUUGUUUCGCGUAAGUGGUGGAAGAAUUUGAGGUUGUUUAAACACUGUGCUCAUUGGCAGCCAUUCUCAUACGAUGCCUUUGCAUCGCCACACCUGUCAGCAUGUUGCGGGGCUGUGUGGUUGGGUUGUACGGUGUAUGUGCCCGUGGUGGAAUCGACGCAAAGGUAUUCGCGUUUUACAUUGUUGUUCCCAGAUGGGCGCGAGGUGUUUUCAUAUACGAGUUUGUAUCGCCGCAGUUGAGAAAUGAGCACAUCCGUCAUGGGAAAUAUGGUUAGGAAAUUAGCACCCUUAGAGAGUUUCAAGCGCUAAAAAGCGCAAGCCAACCGCAGCUGGCUGCCUACAUCCCAGUGAGCAACUGGAACAUUUUCACAUUCACGCUUCCAAAUGAUUGCUUGGAGAUGCAUAAUCUAAACUUCGUUAGCAGUGCGGAACAGCAAGGUGUCGCUAACGACACUCGUUGCAACGCAUCCAACAAAUCGCGCCUAUACUCAUCCAGACAUAGGUACUCAUGUUGCACGCACCCACCUCAGUCGGAUGGCGUUGUUGUGCGACCUAUUGUAAGGGACUGAAAUAGGCAGCCCUUACACUAAGAGAAAGAGCAGAGAGUCGUUCAAUGCCCAAGGGCGACUCGCAGCUAGGUGACGAAAGGAGAGGUUGGGUGGGUCACCUUCCUCGACCUCGAAGGAGCCCUCGCUUGGGGACGCAAAUGGGGUCGAUGGGAUUGGAGCGCUCCGGGUCCCGGAUGCCCUGUAGGAUGCCCAUGACGCUACUAGUAGGUAGAGUGAGUGCGAGUAGUUCGUCUAGUCUUGAAGGGACAUGAAGAGGGAAGUGACCUCUUGGUCCCUUCAGACGUUGUUCACAUGAUGGUUGUUAGUGGAGGGAGUGGGACGUAGCGAGGAGGAUGAGAAGUGACCUCGGCCGCCCUCGCGCAUUGCAAAAGCGAUGGUGGACACCUACUCAAUGAGAGUUCAUGAGCGUUGGAGGAAUCUCAUAGGGGCGACAUUAAAUGUGGUAUCAGAGCGUUUAAGACCGGGAUUGGCGAGAAGCGUGUGAGUGGAGAUAUUCUGAACCUUUCGUCAGUAAGAAACUGUAGAGAAUGGGGAAGAGGACCACGAAAGCUUCAACCCAACGGUUCGAUGAGGAAGAAGUUUUGGGGGGAGAUUUGCUGGAGGGGCCAAGUCAUAGCGAGAUGAGCGCGAUGACUAGAAUGUGGGAAGGGAAAACCAAUCCGCACGGCGGAACCAGGCCUUUCCACAAGAAACCUCCGUUUGCUAAGAGAAAAUUUGAGGAGACCACCCCAAACUUUUCUAAACUUAAGAUGAAAGAAAGUCAGAGGAGCAGUUCGAAAAAAGUGAAGAUGAACGCAUCAGUGAUGUGUUUUCAGUGGCAACAAAAGGGACACUAUGCCAACGACUGUAAGAAUGAGGAGGUGGCGAAAAAGGCGCAACCAAUUUGUUUAUGAGCCCCAGAUGUGCUGAGAGGUUAGCGCUGACUCAAGAGUCGACCAAGGAGGUAGAGGUAUUCUUUGCUAAGGGUGGGGAGAUAUCUCGCUCGGUUGCAAAAGGCGUAAAGUUUUAAGCGGGAAACGAGAGGUUUAAAGAGGACUUCACAAUCUGCCACCUUAAUGGAAUAGAUAUAGUCUUAGGUAACACGUUUCUGAAUCGAUAUGGAGUGGAGCUCUGAUGAAAACCAGAAAUGCGCGUAGUGAUGUUGGGAGUACAAGGGAACAUCAUAGGACUACCCCUUCACCAGCCGCCUAACAUUCUAUGAAUCGAGAAUUGCACUUGUUACUCAGGGUGAACUAGAGGGAGAACAGUUCCUCUUACACUUGAGAAGUGGCGACCUCGAUUGCAAUGAUGUAAGUGAAAAAGUCGUUAAUAAAAAACGAAUGGAAAGGAACCAUUCCGUGUGCUUCAAAA